GCUGUUGAAUCACGUUCCACCCAUACUUUACAUGCCAUAAUAGGAUAUGAUUAACUAUUAUGUAAGACGGAAGUGAUUUUCAUCAAUUAAAUUUAGACUAUAAAAGAAAUAUACCUUUACUAUUUCAAAUAAAUUAUUGUUGAACGAGGGAACAAGUAUUCAGAAAAUAAAAUAAAAACAAUAACCAUGAUGGCGGAAUCAACGAUAAAAAGUUUAAUGGAAGCUUUCGAUUUCGCCGCAAUCAAACACAAAGAUCAAAGAAGAAAGGACCCUUGUGAGACACCUUACAUUAAUCAUCCUAUUGGGGUUGCAAAUAUUAUUUCUAAAGAAGCAGGUAUAACAGAUGUUGACAUUUUAAUUUCCGCUGUUUUACACGACACUGUUGAAGACACCGAUACAACUUUUGAAGAAAUUGAAGAAAACUUUGGUAAAAAAAUCAGAGAAAUUGUCGAAGAAUGCUCUGAUGAUAAAGGUCUACCCUCUUACGAACGUAAACUGAAGCAAAUACAGAAGGCCCCAUUUUCUAGUUAUGAUGCAAAGAUUGUUAAAUUGGCUGAUAAACUUUAUAAUUUGCGAGAUUUAGAGAAACAAACUCCAGUUGGCUGGUCUGAGGAGCGUGUUCAGGAAUAUUUUAUUUGGUCCUCAAAAGUUGUUCAAGGCUUAAGAGGAACUUGCAGACUACUUGAAGAUAAAUUAGACAUUCUUUUUAAAAGUAGAAAUGUGUUGCAGUAGAUCUGUAGCAAGCUAACUAUAGCUAAAUCUAUCAUAUUUGACAUAUAUAUUUAGCUAGCUAGCUAGCUAUGUAGUUAAUUUUUUUACUGUUAUUAUUACACUGUAUUUAUAUAUUGUAACACUACUUAAUUAUAUUAUAUUUAUAUAAUUUGAUAUAUAUUUAUGCAAGGAUAAGUACCAUAACUAAUUUAAACUUACUUUUUCGAGAACAACAAUUUUUUUCAAAAAAAAACCCAUUUCAGUAACAACCAAUAAAUUUGCCUGAAAACCAAAUGAAGU